AUAACAUCCUCCUCGACACUAGGCGCCAUGGCAACAGCGACGCCCCGCCGGCAGAGCGCGGCGUCUCUAAUGUCAGCGCACCCCGGGCCGUCGUCGUUCCGGCGGUCUCCCCUUCCCCGGCGGUCAAGCAACAUGACUCAAACGUCCGAUACGCCUUCCUCCCUCGCCCCGUCCGGCCGCGGGCAUAGACGUCGCGCCGCUCUGGUCGGCAAAGAGGAGGAGGUGGACUGGGCCACAGUUGACCCGGACGAGGUCUUCCGCCGCUUGCCGGUGCACGAAGUGAAACGCGUCGAGGCUAAGAUGCGCGCGGAUGCGUUGAACAAGCAGUCCGAACUUCGGUCUAUGGUCGGGACUCGGUAUCGCGACCUUCUGACUUCUGCCUCGCAGAUCACUGCCCUCCACAGUUCUUCCCUGCGGCUGAGUGCAAGUCUUAAAGCAGUGGGCGCCGCCUGUGCCAAUCCCAACGUUGAGGUGCCCGAAGUCGAGGGCGAAGGCGUCAGCGAUCUCUUGCCAGUGGCCGCACACGUCAAGCUCCUCCUCGACGCGCCUGAGGCGCUGUACUCCCAUCUCGCCCACCAUGCGUAUUUGAACGCAGCGAUGCUGUGGCUACUCGCGCGCGUAGUCAAGGACGGGCUGAACGAGAUGCCAGAUGAUGUCAAGGGCCCAUACGUUGCCCUCAUGCAGAAGCAGUGGGAGGUGCUCCUCCCGUUCCGCGGACAGAUUGUCUCGCGAGCGACAACGGCCCUACGAUCCCGCGAACCCUUAGAGAAACAGCAAACAGCAGACACACUGCUGUCUCUGAUAUUGCUGGACGGCUUGAGUAUAGACGACGCGCUUGAGCUGCUUCUAUCCCAGCGUCUGCGCUCCUUGCGAGACAUCCUGGCUCAUGGCACCGGUCGGCGGCGGUCUUCAACCCGGCGCGAGUCCUUCUCCCAAGCGCGAAAGGAAGGAGACGUUGACAAGACAUUAGCGGAAGCACUUAGGUGCAUCCUCGACACGGAGACCCUCGCGCACGCUCUUUUCGAGCGCCGCCGCGACAGCAGCGUCAUCGAGGACGCGAUCCGACUGAUCCAGGCUGGGGAAGAAGCACCUAAGCCCACACCCAAGACCCACAACCGCCGUGCGUCCCGCAUUGCAUCCAUCUCCCUCCCGCUUCCGCCCGUUGUUCGUAGCGCCGCGGGCCCACCAACCAGCGCUUCACGCGUGCUCUCGACCAUGCCUGCUUCCCAGAUCCUUCUUCGUUACCUCCCGCCGGCCGUGACCGGAUUCACGCCGUUCAUCGCACCAUCUCCCACCCCGUCACUCUCUGAUCGCCUGAGUCCAUGGGAGACACAAGUCGUGGCCAUCUUGCGGGACGCGGUGCCUUCCUGGCUCGCGGGCCUCACCUCGGUGGCGGACGUGUGGGCGCUCCGCUCCUCGACAUGCGAUCUUCUUCCCGCCAAGGGCAUGGGAGCGCGCAUUAGCGAAGCAAUGGAGGCCGAGUGGGGUGGGAGGGUGCAGGCCAUCUGGACGGCCAAACUCGAUGCCCUCGUUACGGGCGCGCGGGAUGCAGUGCAGGCGGCUGCGGACAAGAUCCGGUCAGGUGUGGAAGUGCCAGACAACAAUCCCGCCAGCUACACCUUCUCGGACAUCACCUUCCCCUCCGCUUCAACGCUCGCCGGGUCGAGUGGAGCAGGUUUUACCAGUUUCCUGGGCAACCUCAAGAAGAGGGCGGCGCAGCGCACUCCACUCCUAGACUCCGUUCUGGGCGGGUUGGAGGAGGCUGCUGCGGACAUUGCAGCCGACUUGGCCGGCCUGGCUAUGGGCGAUGGCGGCAGGUUGGGCGGAGCGCUCGGCGCGCUCGUGCACGCACUCUACGAUGUGCUCUCUGAAGCCGGUGGGCAUAGAGACAAGACGGGGAGCGUUGAAGCCGAGCUCUUCGUCGGCCGCGUCGCUCUGUUCUUGGCACACGGGUCCAGCUUCCUCUCUGACCUUGGGUCUAGUGGCGCAGAGCUGGAGCGCGCUCGUACGGCCCUCAUGGAAACGCACACCGAGAGCACGAUUCAGUGGCAGGCUGCCGCGAUCGACGCCGCCCUGGCUGCCCUCCUCCCUCUUUUCGACCAUCACAGAGGGCCUGCCCAAGUUCGCGCGAGCUGGCAGGGCCCGCAUCCGAUCGCACCCAGCCCGCAGCUCUUGGCCGCCUUGACGCGUCUGGUGUCGGAAGUGCGCCGAUUGGGCACUCCGCCAGGCGUGUCGCUUGAGACAGUCCCCCGCCUUCUCAAGGCCUUCAGAGCGGAGGCGCGCGACCUCGACGGCUGGGAGGCGAGCAGCGGCGAAGGGGCAGGCGAGCUCGCAUCGCAGGCCGCAUUCGAUCUCGCCUUCCUCGAUCUCCUGACGCAGGACGACAUAGCCUCUGAUGAGGUCAUCAAGAGCCUGCUCGACGACGUCGCGCUCGGCGACUUCGCCCAGCGAUUGCCCGAGCUGGCGGGUGAAGCGCUCCGGCGGACCCAGGUCGUCCUUUAUCCCCUUGUUGUGCACCUUCCGCAGGCGGAGCAGGGCAAGCGGGAGCGCGGUGGUGCGCUAUUGCGUCUCGGUGCGCCCACGCUUAGAGGCGGUGUUGGGGCGGAAUUCAAGAGCCCCCUCGCAGUCGCGAGGCCAGGGAAGCGCUUCGGAUUGCUCUCCAUCGUUGUUUAGGUGUGAAUCUAGUAGACAUGCGACAUGCAUAACGCUAUCGUCAUG